AUGUCGAGACCAAACGCCGGCGCCCUAGCCGUCUCCCUCUUCCUCACCACAGCCGCGAUCGCGUACGCGCGAACAGGAACAAUCCAACAAUCCCUCGAAUCCCUCCCCACAAACACUUCUCUAGUAAUCGCCAUAUUCUCCUUCUUGGGUGGCGCCCUAGAAUCCAUACGCUCUAAGUCCCCCGCCGCAAUUCUCCUCGGCCACGUCUUUAGCGCUGUCUACAUCGUUAGCUUUGCGCGCCUGCGCGCGGGGGAGUCCUCUGGUGCUGAGAUCGGACUCCUAGGAUCUUUUGCUUUGGCUGGUAUUCCGAUUCUGACGGACGCAGGCUGGAAUUUAGUUCCUAGGGAACUGGGAUACGUUGGAGGGUAUGGGGUUGCGGUUUUUGCGAAUGCUUAUGGGGGUGUUGGGUUGGCUGUGACGUUACUUUUUUCGCUGGUGCUUUUGGCUUUUAAGGAUGAGAUUAGGCAGAUACAGAACCGGGUGGAUGAGCAGAUUUGA